AUGCUCAUUGGCGCAUCUUCCCGUGCGACCUGCUGCCUGAGCCGGGCACUCCUCGUCGUACUACCUGCACUGCUCAGCCGCAGUGGAACACUCGUCAACGCCGAAUACGGCCUCUUCUCGUUCGUGUCACGACCUGACAUUCACGCACCGAAAUGGGAUAUCGACGUCUACGACGAGGCCGCGCUGGCGCCCGGAUACUGGUUCGUAGGGCCAUACCUCGAUCGCAACAAGGGUGAUGCGCCGGACGAUGGAUAUGUGGGACCGCACAUCUACGAUCAAGAUGGAAGCCUCAUCUGGAGUCCGGUGGAGCUGGAGCCUACGUGGAACAUUCGAAGAGUCGAGGCUUUCACUCUCAGUCAGGUGGACAUGGGUACAGGCGGAGGGGUAGAGAGUAUGUUGACCGCGAAUGACAUGCGCAAGGGCAAGGCCAUGAUCCUCGACAACCAUUACCAGCUUCGCAGGCACGACUGGGCGAACGGAGGCUGGAUGGCCAACUCGCACGAGCUGAAUUUCGUCGACGACGGCACGAAAGCGUUAAUCGUUUUCUCGCGAACGGGUCAUAAGUCACCCCAGGAGCAGCUCGAUGCCGCCGGGAUAGAAGAGCAGUGCAAGGUUUCCUGCAACGGUAUAGCAGAGUACGAUGCCAAGACGUGGGAACGAGGAUGGACGUGGAGUUCAUGCGAAGGACAUGAGGGCAAAGGCCAUAUCGACCUGGAGGAGAGCCAGCUCUACCGGGGACAUAAGUGUCCGCACGACUAUGUGCAUGCCAAUUCGGCCGACAAGACGGCGCAGGGCGACUACCUCUUGUCGUGCCGUCACACCAAUGCUCUCUACAAGAUCUCCAGGAAAGAUGGGCGCAUCGUCUGGCGGCUGGGUGGUACCAAGAGCGAUUUCGUCCAUAUCGACGACUUCGUGUUUUCACGUCAACAUAUGGUGCGCUACCGCGGCGGCAACGAAACACAUACCAUGGUCUCCAUUCUCGAUAACGCUUGGUCGAACGAUGGCAACAUGCCUUCCACCUACGAGAACUCCCGCGGCUUGAUGAUCGCGCUCGAUGAGAGCAGCACGCCCAUGACGGCGCAGGUUGUCGCGCAGUACGACCACCCGGACGGCAAUGGCAAUUUUGCCUUCCGUCGAGGCGGCAUGCAAGUGCUCCCAAACGGGAAUGUUUUCAUGGGCUGGUCGGAAAAUGGUAUACAGUCGGAGCAUAGCGAGAACGGAACGCUGUUGAUGCGGGCACGCUUUCGGCCGACAUGGCUGGGAACUUACCGCGCGUUCAAGUAUAAUGGGUUUGUGGGCAUGCCGAACGAUCCGCCGGACGUUGUUGCGCGGUACAUCGUCUCUAGUGAUCGGAAGGCCAGCAACAAGACGCAAGUGUUUGUGAGCUGGAAUGGAGCUACUGAGGUGGACCAAUGGAGGCUCCUCGAGACAAACAAGUACGGCGAACGUGGUACACACAUUUCCACGAUCAAGAAAUCCGGCUUCGAAGGCAAAUUCGAGUAUGCCGGAGAUCUGCGAUAUAUUGUUGUCGAAGCACUCGCUCGCAACGGCAGCGUACUGUCCACAUCUGACACCGUCAUCGUUCGGCCGACGUGGUAUGAGAAGUUACUGCACAACCCGAUCUUCAUCGCAGCAGUAAUAAUUACCGUGGCUGCGGCACUCAUCUUGACAGCGACCUGGUGGGUGGUCACUCGCUUGCGGCGACGAGGUGGCACGAGCAAACUCGCUGGGCAGAGCAGGUUCUUCGACCGCUUGACGAAGGGACGGUAUCAGAAGAUAUCGGACCAGAAGGAAGAGGGUGGUGAAGGGAGCGAGCCGCUUAUGAGGUCGGAUGAGGGAUGGACUGAUGAUGUGGAGAAAUGA